GCGGGGUGAGCGCCGCGCUCCGCGCUCCUGCCCGCGGCUCCCUCUCGCCGCCUCUGCAGAAACAGCUCCUGCCAGAGCGGCGCGCGGCGCGGCCCGGAGCGGCGGCGCCUUCCUGCCUCCUCGCCCUCGGGACUCGCCGGACCUUCGGGCAGAGAAAGCGGAGCCGGGCCGGGGAGGACGCGCCGAGAGCGGGCGGAGACGGUUCGGGCCGGCGGCCGGCGGGCCCUCCCCCCGCCCCGGGGUCCGCGCGCCCCUCUCCCCUUCCGCCUCCUCUCGCUCUGCCUCCCCAUUUAUUUUCUCAAAUGCUGUGGCCGCCAGAGGUGCGGCGCUGAAUUCUUGAAAGGGGCCCGGAUGUGCUGAGGAUGCGCGACAGCCCCGCUGAAGGAGGCAGGAGUGGAAAGGAACGGUUUCUGGUGUUUGAUGCAAUGAUGGGGAUCAGGUAAUCGCCAGAGGUAAAGAAGAGCUGCUGCAGACCCACGGCUUCCUCGGUUCUGCACGAGACCCGCCGGCCCGGAGCAGGGAUCGGGGCAGACCCGCUCGGGGGUGUUUGACAUUUCCUCCUCUUCGUGGCUUCUUCUGCUCACACGAUUCUUGGUCCAUGGUCAAUGAAAACACGAGGAUGUACAUUCCGGAGGAGAACCACCAAGGUCCCAGCUAUGGGAGCCCGCGCCCGGCUCACGCCAACAUGAAUGCCAACGCGGCCGCGGGGCUGGCGCCCGAGCACAUCCCCACGCCGGGGGCCGCCCUGUCCUGGCAGGCCGCCAUCGACGCGGCCCGGCAGGCCAAGCUGAUGGGCAGUGCUGGCAACGCGACCAUCUCCACGGUCAGCUCCACGCAGCGGAAGCGGCAGCAGUACGGAAAGCCCAAGAAGCAGGGCAGCGCGACGGCCACCCGCCCGCCCCGCGCCCUGCUCUGCCUGACCCUGAAGAACCCCAUCCGGAGGGCCUGCAUCAGCAUCGUCGAGUGGAAGCCAUUUGAAAUCAUUAUUUUACUGACUAUUUUUGCCAAUUGUGUGGCCUUAGCGAUCUAUAUUCCCUUCCCAGAGGACGACUCCAACGCCACGAAUUCCAACCUGGAGCGGGUGGAGUAUCUCUUUCUCAUCAUUUUUACUGUGGAAGCAUUUUUAAAAGUCAUAGCCUACGGACUCCUCUUUCACCCCAACGCUUACCUCCGCAAUGGCUGGAACUUACUAGACUUUAUCAUCGUGGUUGUCGGGCUUUUCAGCGCGAUCUUAGAGCAAGCGACCAAAGCCGAUGGGGCCAAUGCCCUGGGAGGGAAGGGUGCUGGAUUCGACGUGAAGGCCCUGAGGGCAUUCCGUGUGCUGCGGCCCCUGCGGUUGGUGUCCGGGGUCCCAAGUCUCCAGGUGGUCCUGAAUUCCAUCAUCAAGGCCAUGGUGCCCCUGCUGCACAUCGCCCUGCUCGUGCUUUUCGUCAUCAUCAUCUACGCCAUCAUCGGCCUGGAGCUGUUCAUGGGCAAGAUGCAUAAGACCUGCUACAACCAGGAGGGCAUUGCCGAUGUCCCAGCAGAAGACGACCCCUCACCCUGUGCCCUGGAGACGGGCCACGGGCGGCAAUGCCAGAACGGCACAGUGUGCAAACCAGGCUGGGAUGGGCCCAAGCACGGCAUCACCAAUUUCGACAACUUCGCCUUCGCCAUGCUGACUGUGUUCCAGUGCAUCACCAUGGAGGGCUGGACCGACGUCCUCUACUGGGUCAAUGAUGCCGUGGGAAGGGACUGGCCCUGGAUCUAUUUUGUCACAUUAAUCAUCAUAGGUUCAUUCUUUGUUCUUAACUUGGUUCUCGGUGUCCUUAGCGGAGAGUUCUCCAAAGAGCGAGAGAAGGCCAAGGCCCGGGGCGACUUCCAGAAGCUGCGAGAGAAGCAGCAGCUGGAGGAGGACCUGAAGGGCUACCUGGACUGGAUCACGCAGGCUGAGGACAUCGACCCUGAGAAUGAGGACGAGGGCCUGGAUGAGGAGAAACCCCGAAACAUGAGCAUGCCCACCAGUGAGACCGAGUCUGUCAACACCGAAAACGUGGCUGGAGGGGACAUCGAGGGAGAGAGCUGCGGGGCCAGGCUGGCCCACCGGAUCUCCAAGUCGAAGUUCAGCCGCUACUGGCGCCGGUGGAAUCGGUUCUGCAGGAGGAAGUGCCGUGCUGCCGUGAAGUCCAGCAUCUUCUACUGGCUGGUCAUCUUCCUGGUUUUCCUCAACACGCUCACCAUCGCCUCCGAGCACUACAACCAGCCCCACUGGCUCACGGAAGUCCAAGACACGGCCAACAAGGCGCUGCUGGCCCUGUUCACGGCGGAGAUGCUGCUCAAGAUGUACAGCCUGGGCCUGCAGGCCUACUUCGUGUCGCUCUUCAACCGCUUCGACUGCUUCAUCGUGUGCGGCGGCAUCCUGGAGACCAUCCUGGUGGAGACCAAGAUCAUGUCGCCCUUGGGCAUCUCCGUGCUGCGCUGCGUGCGCCUCCUGCGGAUAUUUAAGAUCACAAGGUACUGGAACUCCCUGAGCAACCUGGUGGCGUCCCUGCUGAACUCAGUGCGCUCCAUUGCCUCGCUGCUGCUGCUGCUCUUCCUCUUCAUCAUCAUCUUCUCCCUCCUGGGGAUGCAGCUCUUUGGGGGGAAGUUCAACUUUGAUGAGAUGCAGACCCGGAGGAGCACCUUCGACAACUUCCCACAGUCCCUCCUCACCGUGUUUCAGAUCCUGACCGGGGAGGACUGGAAUUCGGUGAUGUAUGAUGGGAUCAUGGCUUAUGGCGGCCCCUCUUUUCCAGGGAUGUUAGUCUGUAUUUACUUCAUCAUCCUCUUCAUCUGUGGAAAUUAUAUCCUACUGAACGUGUUCUUGGCCAUUGCCGUGGACAACCUGGCUGACGCCGAGAGCCUCACGUCUGCCCAGAAGGAGGAGGAAGAGGAGAAGGAGAGGAAGAAGCUAGCCAGGACCGCCAGCCCAGAGAAGAAGCAAGAGAUGGUAGAGAAGCCGGCCGUGGAAGAGACCAAGGAGGAGAAAAUCGAGUUGAAAUCCAUCACGGCAGAUGGAGAGUCCCCACCCGCCACCAAGAUCAACAUGGAUGAUCUCCAGCCCAAUGAGAAUGAGGACAAGAGUUCCUACCCCAACCAGGAAACUGCAGGAGAAGAGGAUGAGGAGGAGCCCGAGAUGCCCGUGGGCCCCCGCCCACGCCCCCUCUCUGAGCUGCACCUGAAGGAGAAGGCAGUGCCCAUGCCGGAAGCCAGCGCCUUCUUCAUCUUCAGCCCCAGUAACAGGUUCCGCCUCCAGUGCCAUCGCAUCGUCAAUGACUCCAUCUUCACCAACCUGAUCCUCUUCUUCAUCCUGCUCAGCAGCAUCUCCCUGGCCGCCGAGGACCCCGUGCAGCACACCUCCUUCAGGAACCACAUUCUGUUUUAUUUUGACAUUGUUUUCACUACCAUUUUCACCAUUGAGAUUGCCCUGAAGAUCCUAGGCAAUGCAGACUAUGUCUUCACUAGUAUCUUUACCUUAGAAAUUAUCCUCAAGAUGACGGCCUACGGGGCCUUCCUGCACAAGGGCUCCUUCUGCCGCAACUACUUCAACAUCCUGGACCUGCUGGUGGUCAGUGUGUCCCUCAUCUCCUUCGGCAUCCAGUCCAGUGCCAUCAACGUGGUGAAGAUCCUGCGAGUCCUGAGGGUGCUCCGGCCACUGCGGGCCAUCAACAGGGCCAAGGGGCUGAAGCACGUCGUGCAGUGCGUGUUCGUGGCCAUCCGCACCAUCGGGAACAUUGUGAUUGUCACCACGCUGCUCCAGUUCAUGUUCGCCUGCAUUGGGGUCCAGCUCUUCAAGGGAAAGCUCUACACCUGUUCGGACAGUUCCAAACAGACAGAGGCUGAAUGCAAGGGGAACUACAUCACAUACAAGGAUGGGGAGGUAGAUCACCCCAUCAUCCAGCCCCGCAGCUGGGAGAACAGCAAGUUCGACUUUGACAAUGUCCUGGCUGCCAUGAUGGCCCUGUUCACCGUCUCCACCUUCGAGGGAUGGCCAGAGUUGCUGUACCGCUCCAUCGACUCUCACACGGAGGACAAGGGUCCCAUAUACAACUACCGCGUGGAGAUCUCCGUCUUCUUCAUCAUCUACAUCAUCAUCAUUGCCUUCUUCAUGAUGAACAUCUUCGUGGGUUUCGUCAUCGUCACCUUCCAGGAGCAGGGGGAGCAAGAGUACAAGAACUGCGAGCUGGACAAGAACCAGCGGCAGUGUGUGGAGUAUGCCCUCAAGGCCCGGCCCCUGCGGAGGUACAUCCCGAAAAACCAGCACCAGUACAAGGUGUGGUACGUGGUCAACUCCACCUACUUCGAGUACCUGAUGUUCGUUCUCAUUCUGCUCAACACCAUCUGCCUGGCCAUGCAGCACUACGGUCAGAGCUGUCUGUUCAAAAUCGCCAUGAACAUCCUCAACAUGCUCUUCACCGGCCUCUUCACAGUGGAGAUGGUCCUGAAGCUCAUCGCCUUCAAGCCCAAGGGCUACUUUAGUGACCCCUGGAAUGUCUUUGACUUCCUGAUCGUAAUUGGCAGCGUAAUUGACGUCAUUCUCAGUGAGACGAAUCACUAUUUCUGUGAUGCAUGGAACACAUUUGACGCCUUGAUUGUUGUGGGUAGCAUUGUUGAUAUAGCCAUCACCGAGGUAAACCCAGCUGAACAUACCCAAUGCUCUCCCUUUAUGAACGCGGAGGAGAACUCUCGCAUCUCCAUCACCUUCUUCCGCCUCUUCCGGGUCAUGCGUCUCGUCAAGCUGCUGAGCCGCGGGGAGGGCAUCCGGACACUUCUGUGGACCUUCAUCAAGUCCUUUCAGGCCCUACCCUAUGUGGCCCUCCUGAUCGUGAUGCUGUUUUUCAUCUACGCCGUGAUCGGGAUGCAGGUGUUUGGGAAAAUCGCCCUGAAUGACACAACAGAGAUCAACAGGAACAACAACUUCCAGACCUUCCCCCAGGCCGUGCUGCUCCUCUUCAGGUGCGCCACUGGGGAGGCCUGGCAGGACAUCAUGCUGGCCUGCAUGCCUGGCAAGAAGUGCGCCCCCGAGUCAGAGCCGGGCAACAGCACGGAGGGGGAGACGCCCUGUGGCAGCAGCUUCGCCGUCUUCUACUUCAUCAGCUUCUACAUGCUCUGCGCCUUCCUGAUCAUCAACCUCUUCGUAGCCGUCAUCAUGGACAACUUUGACUACCUGACGAGGGACUGGUCCAUCCUGGGUCCCCACCACCUGGACGAAUUUAAGAGAAUUUGGGCAGAAUAUGACCCUGAAGCCAAGGGACGCAUCAAGCACCUGGAUGUGGUGACCCUGCUCCGGCGGAUUCAGCCCCCCCUGGGUUUUGGGAAGCUGUGCCCUCACCGUGUGGCUUGCAAACGGCUGGUCUCCAUGAACAUGCCCCUGAACAGCGACGGAACCGUCAUGUUCAACGCCACACUGUUUGCCCUGGUCCGGACAGCCCUGAGGAUCAAGACGGAAGGGAACCUGGAACAGGCCAAUGAGGAGCUGCGGGCCAUCAUCAAGAAAAUCUGGAAACGGACUAGCAUGAAGCUGCUGGACCAAGUGGUGCCGCCUGCAGGAGAUGACGAGGUCACAGUGGGCAAGUUUUACGCUACUUUCCUGAUCCAAGAGUAUUUUCGGAAGUUCAAGAAGCGCAAAGAGCAAGGCCUGGUGGGCAAGCCCUCCCAGAGGAAUGCCCUGUCCCUGCAGGCUGGCCUGCGCACCCUGCACGACCUGGGGCCUGAGAUCCGCCGGGCCAUCUCUGGGGACCUGACCGCCGAGGAGGAGCUGGACAAGGCCAUGAAGGAGGCUGUGUCUGCAGCCUCAGAAGAUGACAUCUUCAGGAGGGCCGGGGGCCUGUUCGGCAACCACGUGGGCUACUACCCCAGUGAUGGCCGGGGCGCCUUCCCCCAGACCUUCACCACCCAGCGCCCCCUGCACAUAAGCAAGGCAGGCAACAGCCAGGGGGACACCGAGUCCCCUUCCCACGAGAAGCUGGUGGACUCCACCUUCACCCCCAGCAGCUACUCAUCCACAGGCUCCAACGCCAACAUCAACAACGCCAACAACACCGCCCUGGGCCGCUGCCCCCGCCCCGCUGUCCACUCUGGUGCUGUCAGCACCUUGGAAGCCCGCGGGCCCCCCUUGUCCCCUGCCAUCCGGGUGCAGGAGGCCUCAUGGAGGCACAGCUCCCAGAGGUGCCCCUCCCGGGACAGCCCAAUAGCCAUGCUGUGUCAGGAAGAGGCCCCUGGGGACGAGACCUGUGCCGUGCACGUGGACGAGGACGCAGAGCACAGCAGCGAGCCCAGCCUGGUCUCCACGGAGAUGCUCUCCUACCAGGAUGACGAGAAUCGGCAGCUGACUCCCCCCAAGGAGGACAGGAGGGACGUCCGUCUGUCCCCAAAGAGGGGCUUCCUGCGCUCCGCCUCCCUAGGUCGAAGGGCCUCCUUCCACCUUGAAUGUCUGAAGCGACAGAAGAAUCCCGGGGGAGACGUCUCUCAGAAGACAGUCCUGCCUUUGCACCUGGUUCACCAUCAGGCGCUGGCAGUGGCGGGCCUGAGCCCCCUCCUGCAGAGAAGCCAUCCCCCCGGGACCCUCCUCCCACCACGCCUCACACCCCCUGCCACACCUGGCCCAGCCUGGCCUCUGCGGCCUGUGCCCACCCUGCGGCUGGAGGGGGCCGAGUCCAGCGACAAGCUCACCAGCAGCUUCCCAUCCAUCCACUGCGACCCCCACGUCGGGGAGCCCACGCCCUGCGGGGUCGUCGGCACCCCCCGGAGGGCCCGGCCCGUGUCACUCACUGUGCCCAGCCCGGCAGGGCCCCAGGGCCGGCCGUUCCACGGCAGUGCCAGCAGCCUGGUAGAGGCGGUCUUGAUCUCGGAAGGAUUGGGGCAGUUUGCUCAGGACCCCAGGUUCCUCGAGGCCACCACGCAGGAGCUGGCCGACGCCUGCGACAUGACCAUCGAGGAGAUGGAGAGCGCAGCCGACGACAUCCUCAGUGGGGGCGCCGGGCAGAGCCCCAAUGGCACCCUGCUCCCGUGUGCAAACUGCAGGGACCCGGGGCCGGACCGAGCGGGGGGCGUGGAGGACGCAGCCUGGGCGCCCAGCGCCGAGCCCCGCCAGGGCGCAGAGGAGCCCCGGGACAGCAGGGCCUUCGCCAGCGGCCUGUAGCAGCCGGGCUGGAGACGCCGGCUUUUUAUUUGUCUCAAUGUUCCUAAUGGGUUCGUUUCAGAAGUGCCUCACUGUUCUCGCGGCCUGGAGUUAACCGGAACAGCGUCUUCAUUCAUUUCGUGGGGACAAGACCAAGUCGGUGGCCAGGAGAGAAGCAGCCGCAGUCCGUGUCCAGCGGGGGCGGUGGGGGCGGGGGCGCGGGCGCCAGGGAGGGGUCCGCCUUGGCUCCCCAGCCCUCACCCAAAGGACCCUAUGCUAAACGGGUGUCUUUCAACUUUGCUUGUAAAAAAACUCAUUUUGCACAUAUUCUGUAUGAGCCUCACUGUCCCCAUAGAGCCAGGGCCCUGUGCGUCCACAGAAGGAAGGAGGACCCGGCCCGCCCCUGGGGAGGAGGAGGCCGGCCACGGCCACCCACGCCCCCUGUGUCUGGACCCUUCCUGCCAGGCCACAGUCGCGGGCCCAGGGGAGCGGGCGUGCCCGCCGGGCCAAGACCAGUGGUGACUGUCCAGCGCGCUUUUGUUUUGGGGUUUGACAUUUUUCUUGACAGCAUGUUGUAGUUUUCAUUUGGGUUUUUUUUUUUUAAUAUAUAAUUUUGUUUUCCCAGGGGGAGGGGAGAAAGAAGAGUGUUUACAAAGUUUUGCAGCCACGCACCUUACUGUCUUCACUUUUGCAAAUGUAGAUUGGAUUUGGUUUUGUUGUGUCAUUUAGCGGUCGGUUUCUUUUUCUACGGAGGAUUCAGCUGAGCCGCCGUAGGAGGGUUUUGUCAGCCAUCAUGUACACCCAAUAAUUUGUUAUAAUUUCCGCAGGUAGUGACAAGAUUUUUUUGAUUUGGUUUCCUAAUUUAAAGGUGUAGGGUCUUGCACAAGCGUGUAUAGUGGUGGGUGCCCGGGGUCUCCGAGUGUGCGUGCCAUGUGUGCGGCGGGUGGUGUGUGUGUGGUGGGGGCCAGUCUGCAGCCGCCAGGCCUCCCGCAGGUCCCCUUCAGGCUCAGCCAUAGGGAGGCCUGAAUCUGGGGCCAUUUGAAAGCAAAAACAAACCACUGUCUCCGCUUCUGAAACGGGAAUCAGUAACUGCAUUUUCUGUCCCACAAGAUAUGCAAAAACAAUGCAAUAAUAUUCAUUUUACAAAUACAAUUGUGAGUUGUGUUGGCAUUAAAACUGUAUUUAAAAAAACCACACAGAAAUUUAAGGGAGAAACUCAGAAGGCUUUUCGCUUCGAUUUGUUCUAUGUGACGUUUCACUGCGUUGAUGGUGUUUCUGCUGAAGAGACCGUUAUACUUGAAUUCAGGUCAGUCUCAGUAUUUUACAAAUAUUUUUUUAAAACUGAAUUGCAAUUGUGCCAAGCGAAUAUAAUGAAUUAAGUUUGUUUUUGAAUUCACUUCUUGUAUAUUUGCUGCAUGUAAGUAAAUCAUUUUGUAUUUGGA